AUGGCCGGUGAUGGCUAUGUCGAUGGGUCUUCUUCGACACGAACGACUUUGAUUUUGGAGGGUGUUUUGCCAGAAGGGUUCUUGGAGAGGACCAAAGACAGGGGGAUGGUAGUGAAGUCAUGGGCACCGCAGGUGGUGGUGUUGAAGAAUGAAUUGGUUGGUGGGUUCGUGACGCUUUGCGGAUGGAACUUGGUCCUAGAAGCAGUGGUUGCGGGGGUUUCGAUGAUUGCUUGGCCGCUGCACGCAGAGCAACAUAUGAACAUGAAUGUUUUGGCGACGGACAUGGAAAUGGCAUUUGCUGUGGAGCAAAGAGAUGAGGAAGAUGGGUUCGUGACGGUUUGA